GUCACUCUCAUUGCACUUCGUCCAAACACGCACCACGAUCGCCUGCGGCACGCACCUUAUACGAGAACGCCCCGUGUUACCAAACGGGCUUUUCAUAGCAUGCGAAAAACACAUCGGCUUUAAGCUGAUAUAUUACAACACACAGCGGAUAGCUAACUGCAACAGUUGAGCCCACAUCCCCACGCCGGCGUCAUGACAACCUGGCGUAUUGCUUUUUCAACCCUUCCCCUCUUAAUUAUGCUGCUUCUGGUUCAACGGACAUUCCCCAUAGUCACAUCCCACCUAGCUUCAUCAACGGCCGCGUGUGCGGCGAGGCGCGCCCGAGUUACCGAUGUCCUUGUGAUCCACAGCUAUUGGAGCGAGCGGAAACAAAUGGGGCCCGGGAUCUGCAGCUGGCUGGCGCAGCACGGCGGCCCUCUCGCCGACGUACCGUGCACCAUGUUCCCCGGUUUCUGGGCCGCCGCCGCUCCGCGCAGUGCAAUCAUCGAUCUCAUACAGCAGCGUGUUGUGGCCCCAGAGACGUACGCGCGGCCGCUGAGCUGGUACACCAGGCUGCUGUACGGCCUGGGCAUCAGCAGCCGCGCGGAGCCGCUGUUGGACGAGGCGGAGCACAUGUCCGACCCAGCGCUGUUGGGCAUCGCCGCCUCGCACGUGCAGGCGGUGUCCAACUGGACAGUCGACAUGGCGCGGCGCGGCGUGCCGCCCAGCGAGCGGGCCGACCGGCACUUGCUGCUGAUAGAGGACGAUGCCGUGAUGACAACGGAGGGCAUUGCGGCUCUGGGGCGAGUUUUGAAGCAGCUGGACUCCUGCUACGACAUGGUCGCCCUGGACUCGAAACAUAACUACUGCGCACUACAGCGCUGGCAGGACCGCCUAACUUCCUGGUUCCUGCCGGCCGCCUGGCGGACCUCGCCCCACCUGGUGCGCGUCAAGUUGGCGUUCAGCCGGACCACAGGGCUGCUGUUCAGCUACAAGGGCGCCGUCCGGCUGCUUAGCAAUGCCCCGGUCACUCGAGAAGUGGACCUGUGGUACCGGGACCUGGCGACGGAGGGCCUGUUUGACGUGUUCGUGAGCUGUCCAACAGUCAUCGGCUCACAAGGCCUGCCAUCAGUUGCAUAGCGGCAAUGGGCGAGAGUCAAUAGGAUGUGGGAGAGUGGGAGCAGGGAGUGCCCGGGUGGAAGCCCUGAGACGCAUUGAGUGGCACGUCGAUAAUAGUGGGAGCGCCUUGUUAUGCAUUCAGAACUAUUAGGAUGAGCGGCUUCAUGAGCAAGGUUCCAUGGCAAAUGCUAGCUUGUGCAGGUUACUAACGAUUGGCAAGCGUGCGAGCGUAUAUGUCAGGUUACUUCAUGCUGAUUUUGACAUGAGUUGGUUGGCGGACCAAGCGAUCCGAGGGGGGAGGGGGGCACGGGAGGGUUCGACAUCGCGUGUCGAAACCGGCGAUGCCGCGCGGUCACAAUUUCUUAUGACACAGUUCAUUGUUUUGCCCUUGACAUUGAAUGACCUGCAGCCGACACACUCUCUUCACGCGUCUGUGACCGAGUCCUGCGCUUCGUUAUGUGCUCUAAGCUAUUAUGCUGUCGCCUUCAGCGGCACAUAGUUAUAGAGACUUCCUCAUGUAAGUAAGGCUGGCA